GAUCGCAGUAAGGCUCACUAAGUGGCUUAUUCAACAUGAAGAAGUCGGCUCUAAGCGCUGCCCUCGCAGGAGGUGCUCCGGCCCCUGCUCCCAGCACAACUCCCUCUCAGGCCAAGGGAACCUUCCUGGAUCCCUCUGCAUUUCCAUGUAUAGAAUACGCUGAUGUGAUCGACGGAGUUAAGACAGUAGAAGAGUUGGGCGCUGCUGCGGAGCAGCUCGGACAACUUGGCAUUGUGGACGUUGCUAUUGUGGGCUCAGCGCCAACAAACGUUCUUUUGGAUGGAGUCCCCUUGGCGGACUACCCCCUCAACCCAUUCAGGAGGAGAGCUGGUGCUGAGACAACCCCGGAUGUCGCAGCCUCGAUGGGCGCGAAGAGCAGCCUUGCAUUUCCAUCUUCAAGCUUGUCGUCGAACUUCCUUUCACAAGCAGUAAUCGGCUCCUUGCCGAAGGGCCUCACCAAUGAGGACCGGGUAAAAGCCAUGCAAUCAAUUCCACUAUCUCCAUCUCAGGCCCUUCUUAAAGAGAUGAACGUGGACGCCGUGUCCUCCCGCUCGCUGGGCGGUCGCAGCAUGCGGCGGCAGGUGCUGCGCGGCGCGGUGAUGGUGUUCGUGACGGCGGGCUACAGCGGCAAGCGCUUCAUUUUCGAGAAGGCCAAGGAGCUGGGGGUGCGGUCGGUGGUGCUGGAUGGGCCCGACAGCUGGGUGCAGCUGCUUGAGAAGGAGGGCAUCAUUGAGAAGUUCGUGCCCAUCGACUUCACGGACGUGGAGACCGUCUUCGACCGCUGCCUGCAGGCCCUGCGCGACGUGCGCUCCCGGCUGGGGGUGCUGGACGGCAUCACCACCUUCUGCGAAAUGGCGGUGCCGCUGGCCAGCCGGCUGGCGGAGAAGCUGGGGCUGCCGGGCAACACACCGGAGGCGGUGGACAAUGCCAGGGACAAGCACGCCACACGUGAGAUCAUGGCUCGCGCCGGGCUGCCCACCCCGCGCCACUGCAAGGUGGUGUCAGAGGCUGACGUGGCGAAGGCGGCCGCGCACGUGGGCUUCCCCGCCGUCAUCAAGCCCAUCAGCGGCGCCGCAUCCAUCGGGGUCAUCCGCGCCAACAACGAGGAGGACCUGCUGCGGGCCUUCAAAAAGGUCCAGCACGACAUGUCUCGCGCCCGUAUCGUGGCGGGUGCGCUGGUGGAGGGGGACGACGAGGGCAGCGAUGCGGGGGGCAAUGCGGGUGGCUGGAUCCACUUGGAGCUCAUGGUGGAGGAGUACCUGGACGGUGCCGAGGUGGACUGCGACCUCAUCUUCGACAACGGGCGGCCCGUGUACGGCGCCAUAACCGACAACUGGCCGACCGUUGAGCCGUACUUCAACGAGACCGGCUCCAACUGCCCCUCCGUGCUGCCCAAGCCGCAGCAGGUGGAGCUGCUGGAGCUGGCGGUGCGCUCGGUGCAGGCCCUCGGUUUCAAGCUGGGUGUGUUCCACGUGGAGUGCAAGUUCACCUCCCGCGGCGCGCGGCUCAUAGAGGUGAACUGCCGCAUGGGAGGCGGCCCCGUGCGCGACACCAACCUGCUGGUGUGGGGGGUUGACCUGGUGGAGGAACACCUCAUGGCCUGCGCCGGCAUACCCGUGCGGCCGCCCGUGGCGCGCAGGCCGCUCAAGCAGAUGGCGGAGUAUACCAUCAAUGCGCAGAAAUCCGGGCACAUCAAGAGCGUUGACUUCCUGGACCGCUUCCGCUCGCUGCCCGGCGUCAUGUACGCGCGCCCGCUGGUGGAGCCGGGCACCCGGUGCCACUGCGUGGCGGACGGACUGCCUACCUGGCUGUGCGAGCUGAUGGUGGUGCGGCCGGACGUGCGGGAGGCCAUCGGGGUGAUCAAGGGCAUGGAGACGGAAAUCAACCAGGAGCUGGAGACGCUGAUUGAAUGAGGAGGCAGGAGGGGGGGAUGGAGGAGGUCAGGAUGGGGGAAAUGGAGGUGGCAGGAGGGUAAGAUAGGGGGGAGGUGGAGGGGUUGCAGAUGCAGGUUUGCAGGUAGCGGUUGGUGGUUAUCGUUGGGAUGAAGCUGUUCUGGUAGCGGUGCGUGGUUAGGUGGGUUGAAGGUUUGUGUGUGUGUUAAGAAAACUGGCCGCGAGUAGGAACGUGUGCACUGUGUCUCAUGCUUGAGAUGUGACGGGCGAUGCGGGAGGCUAAUGGUGAGCAUUUGGGGGCACAUGACUGUGCGUGAGAGAGAAGUACGGGGGGGAGGGAAAGCAGGCAGGAGAGGAGGAGGGCAUACCACAAUAAAGCCGGCUAUGCCGUGCCGUACUGGCAGUGUUUUACAAUAUAUGCCGUUCUGGCAAUUUUACAACAGCGAAAAAAGCAGCGCAUUGCUCAAGCAGCGGAGCUUGAGUUAGGAAUGCUGUGUUGAUGUGCUGUGCCCGCUCGUGUGCGUGUUUGCGCCGAACUGGCUGCUGCCAAGAGGUGGCAUGAGACCCUUGACGCAGCACCGGUCCCUCGGUCGCACUUGAAGGGGUGCCAGGUUGGUCUUUCGGCGCCGGAGUGCGUGUCGAAGAUAGUAACGUGCGGGUUUGGCCGCCGGAGGGCGGUGUAGUUAUCAGCACCUGUAUGCAAGGGCGGGUGUGCACCUUGGCCCGGGGGAGGAAGGAC